CAGACUCUCGCUUUGUUUUGAUUUAUUUAUCUUUUUCCCUAACGACUGACAACAGGCGGCUUGUUGCACUUAGGGAUCCUUGAAGUGGCUGGGCCUGAGAGUGAGACCCCAGUCCUCGGCUGGGGUUCUUUCCAAAUAGAAGAAACGGAUCCAGAGGGGCUACAGACCAAAAUUGUUGAGAACCAGACAUACGAUGAGCGUCUAGAGAUUAACGACUCGGAAGAGGUUGCCAGUAUUAGCACUCCAACCCCAGGACAGCAAGGCCCUCCUUUUUCUGCCGCUCUUCCCAACAAGACGAUGGCUGAUAACAGCAGUGACGAGUACGAGGAGGACAAUAAGGAGAAGAAGAAGCCCUCCCAGCUGACACCGCAGCAGGGCUUCAGUGAGAACGAUGAUGAUGACGACGAUGACUCCUCUGAGACGGAUUCCGAUGACGACGAUGACGAUGAGGAGCAUGGAGCACCUCUGGAAGGGGCGUAUGAUCCUGCCGACUACGAGCAUCUGCCAGUCUCGGCCGAGAUCAAGGAGCUCUUUGAGUACAUCAGCCGGUACACACCUCAGUUGAUCGAUCUGGACCACAAACUGAAACCUUUCAUUCCUGAUUUUAUCCCAGCUGUUGGGGAUAUCGAUGCAUUUUUAAAGGUGCCACGUCCCGAUGGAAAGCCUGACCACCUUGGCCUCUUGGUGUUAGAUGAACCAUCGACAAAGCAGUCGGACCCUACCGUGCUUUCGCUGUGGUUAACAGAGAAUUCCAAGCAGCAUAAUAUUACGCAACAUAUGAAAGUAAAGAGCCUGGAGGAUGCAGAGAAGAAUCCCAAAGCCAUUGACACCUGGAUUGAGAGCAUCUCUGAGUUACACCGUUCCAAGCCCCCUGCAACUGUGCACUACACCAGGCCCAUGCCCGACAUUGACACUCUGAUGCAGGAGUGGUCCCCGGAAUUUGAAGAGCUCCUGGGAAAGGUGAGUCUGCCCACUGUCGAGAUCGAUUGCAGCCUGGCUGAGUACAUUGACAUGAUCUGUGCGAUCCUGGACAUUCCUUUCUAUAAGAGCCGGAUUCAGUCUCUCCACCUGCUCUUUUCCCUCUACUCAGAGUUCAAGAACUCCCAGCAUUUUAAAGCUCUUGCUGAAGGCAAAAAAGUAUUCACCCCUCCACCCAACUCUGCCUCCCAGGCUGGGGAUGCGGAGACACUGACUUUCAUCUGAGCCUCCUCCUGGGACUGUGCUUCAAAGUUAGAUGAAGAUGUGGUCUCUGUUGGCAGCUUAAUGUCUCCCUGCUCCACAGCUGGGCUCUGUCAACAUGAACCCUGCUGCCUUGUCCUCGAGGGCAGGGCACACCUUGUUUACACCUGCCUCCCGUUGCCAUUCCAGAGGAAGGAUGUAGCCACUCUGCUGUGGGCCUCUGAGUUGGAAGAACUGGGACUCUGAGAGCCCCAGGACACAGGUUGGGGACAGAGCUUCCAGAGACACACAGACUGCUCUGUCAGGUUGUGAUGGAAUACAUACUGGUUUUCACCCAUGGCUUCUGGCUCAUUAGUGUCCCAUUGCCCUGAUGCUCUCUAGAGUGAGUAGGGUCGGGUUGGGGCCUUACAGCAGGCCUGCCUGUGCCUCUGAGAAUCAUGUCCUUCUAUUUGACCUUCUGCCCUUCUUUCACCUCCCUUUCUCCCCAAGCAGCCCACAACCCCGAAUCUUUCCCCAAGGCAAUCAUGGACAUCUGCUCCUACAAUCUUACAUUCUUUUAUUUUACUUUUGUUUGUGUUGUGAGGCAGCAUCUCCUGUAGCCCAGCUUGGCUUCGAACUAUCUGUGCAGGCUGGUCUUGAAGGCCUGAUCUUCCCGCCUCCACCUCUACCUCCCAGGUACCAGGCCUUCAGGUAUAUUCAGCAAACCCAGUUUAUUCUUAAAUUUGUUGACCUAUCUGGAUAAUAGACCAAGACCCUCAUUUAGAUGGGCACUUGCCCCUUACCAGCAAGGAAGCAAACUGAGUAAUUUCCAGACCUCACUUGGCAUCCCACCCAAACCACAGCAUUAGAUCAGACCAUUUUUGCCCAGUCACAUGCCAGCAUAGUGGUCCAGGUUUCAGCUGUUCCUUCGUGUGAUGUCUCCAUGGAAACUCAAAAGGUCAGGCCUUGGAGAGUUUUCAGACAGUCAGAUACAGGGAGGUUCCCAAAAGGUGGCAUGCAUCUUACACAUCUUUGUGAAUUUUAAAAUAAUUGUAUUUGUUUUAGACUGGUUCUCUGUACAGCCGAGAGUGGUCUACAGUUCACUAUGAAGCUCAGGCGUUACGAGUUCAUUAUCACCUUUUGCUUCUGGGUACUAGGAUUACAGGCCUGAGCCACCGUGCCCACUGUUCACCCCUUCACCUGCAUCCUUUGACCAUCUUUCAUGAAAAAUUGAGAAAAGUGUUUCUCUAGGUUCUGCAAUAUGUUGAACUCCGAGGAGCGGGUUGUGGGGACGCCUGACUAACCACUGGUGGUUGAGAGGCACAGGCAAGAGCGUGUGGCUCCAGGGAGCACGGCUGUGGCAGUGUUUGGAGGAGCUGCUUAAGCGGGGUGGAAGUGGAGGAGAGAUUCAGGAGCAAUUUGGAGUGGUAUCAACUGGUUCCCAGCCAGGAAACCUGAAACCGUUCUAGAGUUUUGUUGGGUUUUUGUCGCUGUCUUCAGACACACCAGAAGAGAGCAUCGGAUCCCAUUGCAGAUGGUUGUGAGCCACUAUGUGGUUGCUGGGAAUUGAACUCAGGACCUCUGGAAGAGCAGCCAGUGCUCUGAACUGCUGAGCCAUCUCUCCUGCCCCAUUCUGGAUGUUUUUAACAAAGGACAUUUAACACAACAAUUUGGUGACAAAAGUAUGGGGAAGGAACUGACAAGAUGGCACAGCAGGUAAAGGUGCUUGUCACAAAGCUUGGCCACCUGAGUUCAAUCCCUGGGACUCACAUGGUGGAAGGAGAAAACUACUAAAACUUGUGUUCUGUAAGCCACGUGCACUUGCAUGAGCAUGCACACACACAUACACAUGCGGGCACACACACAGUGGUGCAUGGUAGUUUAAAGGUUGGUAUCUAGGAGGUGGCUGUGGCCAGAUGAUGCUGAGGGCAGAGGAGGGUUGCAGAGCCUCACCUACCACUGCAGGGACUUUGAGCAAAGUGGUUGCUUCCUCUCACCUCCUCACCUCCCAUGACAGACAAAAAUGCAGACCAGGAAUCAGAACCCAGCAGCACAAGAAUGAGGAAUUUUCCUUUGUCCACGUGGAAGCUCUCAGCCCCACCCUUGGAAUUUUUAUGGGGACCUCAUUGCACAGGCUUGAUUGACUCCAGGACAAAUACGUAGAAAUAAAACCAGACCC